AUGCAGGGAAUACCGCUCGCUCGCCGUCAUGCUGCAGGCCAUCUUUUGCGUCUGAAGUCCUCCAAUCGUUUACUUCCCUCUGCUACGUUGAAAGAACCUAGCCGCGCCUUCACCGAUGAACGCAAUACUUCUUCGUCAUUCAACACUGUUGCUGUCGGUGCUGCUGGAGGAGUGAUAAUACUCUUCGGAGGAGGAUAUGCCUUCUAUCAUUUUUCAGGCAUCAAGCGAGUCGUCGACGCAUACCACGGGGCCAAAGCCUACUAUCAGAACAAGAAAGCUGCGACCUCAGAGAAGGCGCAACGCUUCAAAGAGCGCUUCAUCCGCUCCCAGUCAUCCACUGAGCCACAUAGUGAAUCAGUCGCUAUGGCCAAGGAGAAUGGAACUCUCUUCUCGAGGAUACCCAGACGAGGAGAUGCGCACGAAGGUGCUACAGCUGGCGGCGUAGAUGAGCCCAAGUCGCAGACCGCUUCUACAGACAAUGUGAAAGAACAGCGGAAGAAGUUACGAGACCUGCGCAAAUCCGGAGCCUCGGGCUCUAGUGAGGAGGCGUAG